AUGGACGGGGCGCCCAUCAUGAUGUGCAGACAACCGUGCGCGGUACUUGGGCAGGUUGAGGCACACAUAAACGCACUUCGGGCACAGCUAAAGCAUGAAACACCUGACCCGGAUUCCAUCACGGGCAAUGGAGGCCCUAAUCCUGGUGGCGGGGUGGGCCUGAGCUCGACCCCGUCGGGUGGUACUCGGAUGCCUGGGCACUCGGUAUCGACAGCGGGUGCGGCGGAAACUGUCGAAGUCCCACUACCCGUGGAAACCCGAGGCAAUUACCAUCAUCCGCCGCCGACCCCCCGUGAACGUAGCGGCAAUGAAGACGGGCUAACGGAACGAGAAGACAUGCGUCUAAACCGUCUGUUGCGCUCGAGCAAUUCCUCCGCGCUAUCGUCACCGCCACCAACCCCGGGUGACGUGAUGGCACCGACUAGCGCGCACCGGAGGGCGGAACAAAACGAACAGCGGAGCCUAACUACGGCAACGCCAGGCGGCCACAACAACGGCGCUUCGGGCGGAGAAGGAUCAGCGAGGAGAGUGGGCGAAGGUGACGCCGAACAUCAGGACCGCUAUGCGAUAGGAGGCGCCACGGAUGGCGGCUUUAGUGACCUGUCCCGCGAGCUGACGAUUGGGAGAGGCCAGGGACAACGGUGGCUACACAGCUACGCCUCGAUUCGGGUCGUUGGCGGGUGA